AUGGAAUACAAUUUGCAGACCAAAGCAGAGUGGGGACCUCCACAUUCUGAAUCUUACUAUCUGGAAUCAAACUACACUGUUGAAGUGCCUGUGGAAUAUUCAGAGAAAAGCAGACAAUCUUUGGGUGCACUGGAUCCAUGCAUACUACUUGAAAGUGUUUGGGAUUCCAUGGCUGCAAAUCUGAAGUUCCCAAUGAAAGAUGUUUACAACUGCCUGCUGAAUGCUGGAACUGUGGAGUGGAACAAUCUGAUUAGGUUUAAUCCGGCUAGACCUCAUGCUGUUUUUUGUCUAUGGAUGCAAUGCCAUGGCAGACUACCUACAAAGGAGAGAAUGUGUCGCUUUGGGUUCAUUGGUGAUGCUAUAUGCAGCAUGUGUGGAAGAGAUAAUGAAAACUUGCACCAUGUUUAUUUUGACUGCCAUAGUUCAUUGGCUAUCUGGUGCUCUAUUCUCAAUUGGAUUGGUAUCAUUCAUACACCCCGACCGUGGACUGAAGAAUUUCAUUGGAUUCUUGCUAAUACUAAAAAGAAGGGAUGGAAAGCAAAGCUGUUAAAACUUGCUUUUACUGAAACCAUAUAUGGCAUAUGGCAAUUUCGCAAUAGCAAAGUUUUUGGCAACAAUGCAUACACUGAACACACUACAACUCUGAGUAUCAUAGAUUGCAUUAUGCACAGAGGAUGGAUUGAUAGAAAACUCAGGAACCACAUAGCUAGCUUUUUACUAUAA